CUAGGCAUGCAGACUGCUUCUACAAACAUUUGUAAAAGAAUGGGUCACUCUCAGGAGCUCAGUGAAUGCAAGCGUGGUACCGUGAUAGGUUGCAACCUGUGCAAUAAAUCCAUCCAUGAAAUUUCCUUGCUACUAAAUAUUCCACGGUCAAGGUGGAAGCAACUGGGAACAACAGCAACUCAACCACAAAGUGUUAGGCCAUGUAAACAAGUGCAAUGCAAAGCUGGACUCUAGAGCAGAGGAGAUGUGUUCUCUGUCUGGUAAUCCUAUGGAUGUGUCUGGGUUUGGCGGUUGUCAGGAGAACGGUACUUUCCUGACUGCAUUGUGCCAAUUAUAA